GCCAAAAAGCAUUUUACCGAAAGUACGAGUCCCCUUCGCGAAGAAAUCUUCCUAUCACUGCACUGCCACAGUGCCACGCAGCACGACCAAAACAGCAGUGUUCUGUUCAUAUUUGUCCCAAAUAGCUGGACCCUUCGCGAUUCAUAAGCCCUAAACGCAAUCUCUAAAACCUUUGCACUAUAAUCCUAUAUUUUCACUCUUCCCAUUGUUAUUUUCGUGAAUCAGUUGAAAAAAUUUGGAAUUCUGAAGCAUGGACAUUGAGCAAAAGCAAGCGGAGCACAUAGACUACUUUGUGAAGCAGGCGUCGGAUCUAAAGGGCUCAGCUCUGUCAAAUGUCGUCGUUGAGGCCACUUCCCAUCCUUACCUAUUCGCUUUCUCUGAGAUUCUCUCCGUUCCUAACGUGCUCGAGCUUGAAGGAACUGAGAACAGUGUAUUACUUGAGUUGCUUCGCAUAUUCGCACAUGGAACAUGGAGUGAAUACAAGAGUGUUGCCAGUCAUCUUCCACAAUUGGUUCCUGAUCAAGUUCUCAAGUUGAAGCAGCUGACUGUGCUCACUCUGGCUGAGACAACCAAGGUAUUGCCAUAUGAUACAUUGAUGAAGGAGUUGGAUGUCACUAAUGUACGUGAGUUGGAAGAUUUUCUGAUUAAUGACUGCAUGUAUGUGGGGAUAAUCAGAGGAAAGUUGGAUCAAUUCCGCAGAUGCCUCGAGGUGCAAUUUGCAGCAGGAAGGGAUCUUAGGCCUGGAAAUUUGGGUAGCAUGAUUCAGACUCUAGCGAACUGGCUAUCUACAUCAGAAAGCCUUCUUGGUUCAAUCCAAGAGAAGAUAAAAUGGGCAGAUACUAUGAAUGAGAUGGAUAAGAAGCACAGGAAGGAAGUCGAUGAAAGGGUGGAGGAAGUGAAGAAAACAAUAUCUUUUAAGAGGUUACAAAUUAGCAGGCCGAUGCUGAGUUCAGAGCGCACUCUGAGGAACUUUUUUCCGAGCACGGUGGAGUGAUGGACUUUGAGGAAGACCGUAGUAUUCGACCCAAGAGGAGACGCCACCCCAUGGGUUGAGGAGAUACAGUUAAAAGAGAAGAGGAGAUUUUGGGUCGGGCUGGAGAUAUUAACUUGUCAUUUUUCGAUCAUCAUAGCCUUAGACAGCUGCUUUUGAAGAUGGGCAAUUCUUGUCCCAUAGGGCAUGUUUAAUUACAUUUUAUUUAGACCAAGAAACAUUGUAUCCUCUGUAAAUUCUUUUCCUUUUUUUUUUUCUUACUGACAAGAUGACCCUCUUUUGAUCUGGUUGAAGCUAAUGUUGACAUUGUUCACAUUAACUAUUUUACAGGCUCAUGGAUAUCAUUCGUUUUUAUUUUUAUUUUUUGGUAUUUAC